AUGGAAACUAAUAGUGAGGGAUCCGAUACUUUUGAUGAUUAUGACUCUGACAAAGAUGCAGAAUAUAAACCACAUAAAAAGGAAUCCAGAAAACAUAUUAGAAAAGUUGGAAACACAUCUGACAAAGAGAACAAGAGCACAUUUGGAGAAGAACAGAAUAAACAUACCAUGAAAAGCUCUAUGAAACAACCCGUGGAACAUUCUCUAGGACUUCUCGCAGAACAUCCCGUGGAACACAGUAUGGUAUGUUUCCUGGAACACUGCCUAGAACAUCCCGACGAAUAA